GAGUGGGUGGUUUUACACAAACCCCGCCCACCACAGCUGUUUGUUAUUUUUACCCAGUCUUGUUUACACCUUUGCACAGCAAUAGUGUGGUUUACUCCGCCUAUAGCAUGCUCAAUGGCUGCCAGAUACAAAGUCGUUUUAGUUGGAGACAAAGACGUAGGGAAGACUUCUCUCUUUCACAGAGUCUUGUUUGGAUAUUUUAAAGACACGGACGAAGAAAACAGAUCUACUCUUGGCUUUGAUUGCUUUGAGAAGUCUUUCAGCGCACUAGGAGACCUUGUAGAGGUAGAACUUAACGACAGCCCUGGGAAGACCCGUUUCGAGACCCAUCAAAUCUCAAGCUUAUACAGGAGCAGCAAUGCUGUACUACUGGUCUAUAGUGUAGAGGAUUUUGCAUCAUUUUCUAGCCUUCGCUGUUGGAUGGAAGAAUGCAGGUAUUACAUGAAUGCCGUCGGACAUCAUAACAUUCUAUGGGUGCUAGUCGGAAACAAGUCAGACUUAGAAUCGGACAUCACGCCUGAGAUGGUUGAAGAUUUUGUCUCAGAGAUGGAAAUCGAGCAUUCCUUUGUGGUCUCUGCUAAGACAGGGGAUGGAGUCGAGGAAAUGUUUGAGAAGGUGAUAGAGGUAACACACGAAAUGAGAUUGAACAGUAAAGUAAAUGUUGAUCCUGAUAGAGGAAUCAAAUUAUCCUCAGAGGAAACAAAUAGAUCUAACCCUAGUUUUUGUUAUUGUUAAAGUACUGAUAAUCAUUAUAUUUCCGUUAUAUUAUUCAUAAUUUAUUAUUGAUUUUGUUGUAUGAGGUAUUUAUGUUAAAAUAG